UUAAUUUUUAGGCUCAAGAACAAUUUAGAGAAAUGAAAGAAGAAAAAAGUGCACUUCUAGAAAAAUAUACAGUUGUUAAUGAAGAAUUGCAUUGCAUAGAAAAACAACUUUCAGAAUCAAAAGAGGAAAUAGAAAAAUUGAAAAUGAACUAUAAUCAAGCAUUACAAGAUAAAAUGGAAGCACAGACAAAAUUAGAUGUUUUAUCUAAUUAUUUUAAGGAAAAAGAAUUACAGUUACAAAAAGAACUUGGUGUCCAAGAAGCAAUGAGGCAGCAAAAAGAAGAAGUUGCAUCUUCAGCAUCUCAACAUAUAGCAUUAGUUGAACAAGAAAAUAUUAGUUACAAGAAUCAAUUAGCAACAUUAAAACAAGAGCUUGAAGACACAGAAAGAAAUUAUAAAAAUCAGGUUGCUACACAUGAGAAAAAAGCUCAUGAAAAUUGGUUAGCAGCCAGAUUACUUGAAAGAAAAUUAGAAGAAGCAAAACAGGAAUCGGCUCAGUUACGUCAAAGAUUGACUUUACUGGAAAGAGAACAGGAAAAUUGGACAAAAUCUCAAAUUGAUGGUGUAGUUCGGCCUGUGCCAAAACGGUACCUGGACCCUAAUGGGGAGGUACCAUUUGCUUCAAAGCCAAAUAUCUCUCAGCAGUUGGAUUCUGUAGAAAUAUCCAAUAGUUCUGUUCCUCGUUUGCCCUCUCAUGAUAUGCUUGAACUAAAUAAAAUACCAUCUAGCGAAAAUCCAAUGCUGCUUCCAGUGGAUCGUCCACUACCACCUCCACCUCCUAUGAUGAAGUUUAUGGAUCCUCGUUUUCCUUUACCACCUUUGCCUCCAUUUUUGCCACAUCCACCUCCAUUUAAUGAACAUUUGCCGCCACCAGCUCCACCAUCUUAUUUAGAUCCAUGGAGAUUUCCACCACCACCUGUACCUCCAAUGCAUAGACAUAUGUCACCACCUGAUUUUGAUAGAUCUCAUUUAUCAGCAACACCGCAAGACUCAAUGUCACCACCACCAUACGAUAGAGAGAUGGACAAGCAUUCUAUAACAUCAAGAGACACUGUUGAUCGUCAUCUUCUUUCGGAUAGAUCUUCACCUCCAAUGCUUCGUGAUCCUAGUUCUCGAGAUUCUCAUAAUUCAUCACCUCCUCGUAUGUUACCUCGAUUUCAUGACAAUCCACCACCUAAACCAUAUGGUGGUUAUCCUCCUCCACCACCAAUUAUGUCCUCACGUUUUCCAUCAUCAUCUUUACGUAGAAGAGAUCCACCAAAUUUUCCCCCAAAUGUGCCAUUAGAUCAAAGAGCAGGUGAGUAA